AUGUGUGACCAUUGCGCGGCCAUCCGGCAGGUGCGACCAUCGCCAGCAUUCCCCAUCUCUCCAAACAUGUUUGGCAAGAUAAUCGUGACGAUAUGCGCAUCACCCGACGUGGCGCUCGGUCACAGCAAGCCCUUGAUCGACAUGAUUAUUGGUGAAGCGCACGAUGAUGUUACAUUCAGUCGAUACGUCAAGCAGGAAGCUAUGAGUGUUUCCCGCACGUUGCGCAAGUUCGUGCCCCUCGCAGCCAGCACUCAGCUCAGCAAGCGAGAUUUGUUUCUUGCGAUCUCUUGCUGCAUUACGCUGCCGCACGCAAAGCAAAUAGCCGCCGUCUACACAUCUGCCAUUGAUAGCUUUGGCGGCUUUGUCGGUCGGGGCGACGCGGCAAGAUUAACUGCAGCGGUCGACAAAGCCCUGCUCACUCUCUCCCCUGAGAUGCAGAAGGUGUGUCCCAAGGUGCAGGCUCUAGCCAUAGAUUUUUCAGAGUUUGCAAUCCGACCUCAAACCAGCCAUCCAGGAGCGCCCUCCGCCGGAACGACGGCAGCAUCAACCGCAGCAGCGCCUGGUCAUUCUGGCGCUUCGCAGCACAUGUUCACCUUUCCAAUCACUCCACACGCGCACCCGCAAGCAGCCCAACCACCACAGCAAACUCAACAAGCACCGAAACGAAUUCUCACGUAUUGCAACACGCAAAUUUUUGUCGCGCUGUCCAAUGAGCCGUAUCCUCCAUUUGAAACCCCAUCGGUACAACCAAACACCAUUUCGAAAGACUGUCCUCGUGUCAUGGCCAUGGACACACAUGCCAGUGAGCACUCUAAAGUCGUGAACAACGCUUACUUGACCGAUUUCACAACGGAAGGCGGGCUGCUAAGCAAAGCCCGUGACCCCUGCUUUCGGCCGGUGCAUUUGCUGAUGGCACUGCCCUUGUACGUCGAAACUGGUCCUGCACAAAUUCAGUCGCAUUUCACUGUUCCUGCCGAAUUUCGCGCCGAUAUUCUAUCAGGAAAGCUGGUGAUUCAUGCGCGCCUCUUUUCACGCACACAAAGAUCUGAUUUGCAAUUCCUUGCCAUGCAUCAAUUCUUCAUCAACCGUCAGCGGGUGGAUUUGUCCAAUUCCGGCAAACGGAUACACGUGCCAAAAAACUACGAGCACAAAAAUCGGGUGAUGCUGCCUCGCUCAGCGGACAUCUCUCGCUACACCAAUCCGGGAGCCGCCAAUUCGUUGCUGUUUCUUCCUUUCGGCGAGUACCACCUGUACUUUUACGAACGUGACACGUACUUUUUGCUCGAGAUUCUCGAACCGCUGCCUUUAGCCAAGCUUGUCGAGAAGGUCGAAAAACGACCUCGCGUCGCCGGUAUUGAACUAGCCGUGUCUCUUCUGAGCAAGACGGAUGAUGAGAUUGACGUUCCGUCCUCACUCCAAGUCUCCUUGACGUGCCCGCUCACAUUGGCUGUGCUCCGUCUACCUGCUCGCGGUGUUUCGUGCAAACAUGUCCAGUGCUUUGAGUUAGAGACCUACAUUUCCGUAUGCAGUCGGCAACGAACCUGGAUUUGUCCCAUUUGCUCGCAGCCAACGGCCUACCGUCACUUGAGGAUAGAUGAUCAACUGAAUACCAUUUUGAAAGAGCGAGUGACCAAUGCACCCCUCAGCACCCGCUUGACCGUUUUCCCAAGCGGAUCGUACUCGUUCAUGAAAGACGCUCGGCCUUUGGAAGAUGAAGAUGACGACCCAUCUGCUAAACGGCCUCGUGUCAGCAGUGAUCAAGGCUUGGACGUGGAUGCAAUGCCGAACAACCGUCAAAUCCUCGUGUCGCUUUUGAUCUUUGAUCGCAAAAUGAAGCCGAUUGAGCUCUGCAUUGUCGGCGGCAAUGCAGCUUCCAAUCUGCUCUCAAUGGACGUUGACUGCCUCGCGGUGCGUGUCGCCGCCGUUGCCCAUAAUGCUUCGAUCUCGCGUCUUUGUGCGACCGCUGCUGCGAGUGCGAACGCUGCGCCCGAGCCGCGCAUCUGCGAUUGUGUCACUGAUGUCGGAUUGCGCUUUGAUUUGCCCGUGCAGCGACCCACCGCGUUGUGUUCGAUGUUCUGCGCUCGGCUGUUUGACGCGAAGCAUUACACGUUGGCUGUCACAUAUACCAAGUUUGUGAGACCACCAACGUCAGCUGCUCUGUUGCACUCUGCACCUGUUCUGAGCAUCAAUGUAUGCAACAAUCCGUACUUUGCCCCGACGGGCGCAUUACCAGCAUUGGUGGUGCCCCCGCCAGUUGAGCCAGACGCAACGCCGUCCUUCCAUGCCGAGGACGUCCAGGUCGUUUCUGGCUUGGAGCCUGUUCUUGACAAUCUCCGUGGACUGUACGGAGCGCGCGAUCCCGAUACGAUCUUGUUUUCACCAAACUCUGCCACCAAUGCCCAUCUCAUUUCAGCAAAAGCCAGAGCGUUCGCUUCACUUGUACAAGACGCACUCCACGAUGCCGUCGAGUAUGAGCAGUGGUGCCAUCCUGUCAACUACACCACGCAUACACGCCGCUGGUUUGCUGAUCAUUCGCCAUUCCCGCUGAAUUAUCUCGUGCCGAGACAACGUCGGCAAACGGUAUUGGAUCGAUUGGUUCUCAAAUAUCCCGAGCCUGAUGGUGAUACGGCCACGAGCUCGUUGCGGAGCCUCAUUGGCGCUCUGACCGGCUCCAGCUCUGCAGCUUCCUCUGGACAAUCCGCCUCGAGCAGCUCGCGAUUUUCGCUUCUUCAAUCUCGCCCUGCACAAUCCACUGUUGCUGCUUCCGACGUAGCCUCGCACACCCAUUCACUGCAUUUUGACGAAGAACGACUAUAUCGAAAUGCACGCGAGGCAUUGUUGGCAAUUUCGCAACAACUGGGCCGCGAUGGUCGAUUCUUGCUGGGCGACCAUCCAUGCUAUGUGGACGCGCUUGUUUUUGCACAUUUGCACAUGAUUUUCAACUCCAAGCUGCCCUCAAGUCGGCUUGCUGAAACCGCGCGAUCCUACAAUCCUCUUGUGCGGUAUUGCGAACGAAUGUACGCAUCGUUGUUUGCAUCAGACAUUUCAACGUACGGUGCUGUGACGACGAGCGAGGCUCAGAGCGCGAUCGAUGAGAAGCGGCUGCUCCGGACCCGCGCAUGGCAAUUCGGACUCGCUUCCAUAGUUUCCACAAUUGCAUACUUGUUCCUUUCUGGUCAAGUCGUCAUAUCUGCUGCGGAUGACGACGACGACGACGACGGCAAUGCUCACGCGGGUGUUGCACUCGAUGAUGAUGAUGACGAAGCUGUGGAUGUUGAAAUGUGA